UAUACGAUGAUACUUCAGUUGUAUACGUGAUUUGUAUUUUUAAUUAAUAUUAGUUUUACGUCAUCAUGUACGUUAUCUUUCGAAGUUUUAUGUAUGUUGGCGCUGUAUGCACGACUAACCUACAAAUAAUAUGGUACAUAUGAGCAUACUCAAACAGUACUUCAGGACUAUGUCAACAAUCCGUUUGGCGUUAGUGCAGCUUGCUGUCAGUGAUGAUAAAUUAAGGAACAUAACACGAGCGAUAAAUUAUAUCGAACAUGCUAAAGAAAAUCAAUCGAACAUAGUUGUUUUACCAGAAUGUUUCAAUUCUUCUUAUGGAACAUCUCAUUUCCAAAAAAAUGCAGAAGAAAUUCCGGAAGGUCAAACGAGCAUUGCAUUGUCCGAUGCAGCCAAAAAAAAUAAUAUUUACGUGAUUGGUGGUACAAUUCCAGAAAGAGAGGGUGAUAAAUUGUAUAAUACAUGUACGAUUUGGGCACCAGACGGGAAAAUGAUAGGCAAAUAUAGAAAGAUGCAUCUCUUCGAUAUCGACAUCAAAGGAAAAAUAACAUUCCGCGAAAGUGAUUCGUUAAGUCCUGGAAAUUCUCUAUUGACCUUCGAAAUGAUGGGAUGCAAAAUUGGUAUUGGCAUUUGCUAUGAUAUUCGUUUCGAAGAAAUGGCGAGACUCUAUAGAAAUCAGGGUUGUAAAAUGUUGAUAUAUCCAGCUGCAUUCAAUAUGACCACCGGUCCACUGCAUUGGUCACUUCUGCAGCGUUCCAGAGCAAAUGACAAUCAAUUAUACGUCGCCUGCGUAUCGCCAGCUCGUGGUUCUCCUCCCGGUUAUAUAGCAUGGGGACAUACACAGCUAACUAAUCCUUGGGGGGAAAUUCUUCAUGAAUUAGAUUCCACGGAGGACAUGAUCAUCUGUGAUAUAGAUCUCAAAAUCGUGGACGAGGUGAGAGCUCAAAUUCCAACUUUUUAUCAACGACGUACGGAUUUAUACGACACAAUCUGGAUGAAGUAAUAAUAUUUUUGAAUAAAUAAUACUAUUCUUCUCGCAUUAAAAAUUCUCAACACUGUUGCAAAUUAGCAUAGAUUAACAUACGUAUAUGAAUAAUAUAUAAGUAUUUUAUAAAAGAUUAUGAAUAAAUAUAAUUUGGAAUUUUCUAAUAA